AAAUGACGGGCGGGCGCCCGCCAUGGCAGCGUCUCACCGGAGGUCCGGAACCCGGCUCUUUCGAACGUACGCGGCGAGGGGCGUCCGGAGGUCGCAGCGGCAGCCUGACUCGCUGGCUGUGAAAUGGUUCCAGCCGCCGAACCCGAAGCUCUCCUUCAGCAGCAGCCUCAGCGACAGUAACCUGUCACCGGCUGUCGCUUCCGACAACCCUGAGGACCCCGACUUCCCGGGCAGCCCGGUGGGCCCGCGGCGCAGGCGUCCUCGGGGCUGCGACUCUCCGGACCUAACACACACUAAGAGAGUCCUGAGGCUGCGACCUCGGCCCCCUCAGAAGUGCAGCACCCCGUGCAGCCGGCUGCGACCGCCACCUUUCCUCAGCUGCAGCCCGGGCUGCCUCGGCUCGGACCUCAACGUGUGCAUCCAGUCCAGGAACAGCAACGAGCUGGGCACCAGUGCCUCCCUUUUCAGCCCUCCGGCCUCGCCCGGAGCCCCCGACUCUCUGAAUGCAGACUCUACAGUCCCCGGGAGCCUCCACUUCCGGGUAGCCUCCCUGGGUGAAGCGUCUCUGCCUUGCCCCCAGGAGGCAGCAACCGAAGAAGGCAAGUACACCAGGAGUGCCCCCCAAGCCGAAGCCAGCUUCAGGUCAUCUCUCUCUAGCCGUGUGGACCCAAGGACCACAGAAGCUAAGGAGUUGGGGACUGAUGGGGAGAAUGUGAAGGAAUCGUGUUGUGAAAGACAGCAGACGGGUAACAGACUAACGGACCCUGAUCUGGCAAGCCUGGGAAAGAGAACCGCCACAUGUAAAAAGGUUGUGUCCCGAGGAGUCGACCAGAUAGACUAUGGAGAGUCCAGUGCUCGCAAAGACCUUCGUGUACCAGGGAAAAUCAGCAGGCCCAAGAGAACUGAACCACUCCGGAAAAGGAAACAGCAAGAAGCAGUGGGAACAUCUCCCCUCCGCUAUCACCAAUCUAAGAAGAAAAGGAAAGAUUCAUUCUGCUCCAGGGACUUGAAUACUAGUUGUAAGGAUUCUUGGACCAAAACCAGAGCAUCCUUCGGUUUUCACAAGAAGAAAAUUAUAACCAACGUGGCAGAGGUAUGCAGCAGAUCGAUUACCAGCUCUCUCUCUAGGUCCUUCCAGUCUGAAUGUUCAAUUUCUAUCCUGAACAGAGAAAACAGUAUUGUUUCUUCUCCAUGCUCUUCCAUGUAUUUGCUAAGUCCCUUAAAGACCCUGCACAUCACAGACAAAAGGCCAUCUUAUGCUGAAAAGGUUUAUGGGGAGUGUAAUCAGGAAGGGCCUAUCCCCUUUAGUGAUUGCCUUUCUACAGAACAACUGGAACACUGUGAGAAGAUUGGGGAAGGAGUGUUUGGGGAAGUGUUUCAAAUAAUUAAUGACCAAACACCUGUAGCCCUAAAGAUCAUUGCUGUUGAAGGAUCAGAUUUAGUCAAUGGGUCCCACCAAAAAACCUUCGAGGAGAUCCUGCCAGAGAUCAUCAUCUCCAAAGAGCUGAGUCUCCUGUCUAACGAGGUGUACAACUGCACAGAAGGCUUUAUUGGGCUGAACUCAGUAUACUGUGUUCAAGGACUUUACCCUCCCUUGCUGCUUAAAGCCUGGGACCAAUAUAACACAACCAAAGGGUCUGCAAAUGACCGGCCUGACUUUUUCCAGGAAGACCAGCUCUUUAUCAUCCUGGAAUUUGAGUUUGGUGGGAUUGACUUGGAGCGAAUGAGGACAAAGCUAACCUCCGUGGCCACCGCAAAGAGCAUCCUCCACCAGAUCACCGCAUCCCUGGCAGUAGCAGAGGCCUCACUGCACUUUGAGCACCGGGACUUACACUGGGGAAAUGUGCUCUUAAAGAAAACCAACCUCAAAGAACUCCACUACACCCUCAAUGGGAAAACAAGCACCAUUCCCACCCAUGGGCUACAAGUCAACAUCAUUGACUAUACUCUGUCCCGCUUGGAGCGGGAUGGGAUUGUGGUUUUCUGUGACAUCUCUGCUGAGGAGGACCUAUUUACAGGUGAGGGUGACUACCAGUUUGAGAUCUACAGGCUCAUGAGGAAGGAGAACAAAAACUGCUGGGGCGAGUAUCACCCUUACAAUAACGUGCUGUGGCUGCAUUACCUCACGGACAAGAUUCUGAACAAGAUGAGGUUUAAGACUAAAUGCCACAGCGCAGCCAUGAAGCAGAUAAAGAGGAAACUGCAGCAUUUCCACAGGACUGUACUGAACUUCAGCUCCGCCACUGACCUGCUCUGCCGACAUAGUCUAUUUAAGUAAGCCAGGAACCUGCACUUUCAGAGCCUCACCAAGUACACUUUUUAAGCCUCUGGUACUAUUAGUUAAUCUCUGCCAUUAGAGCAGGAUGGAGGUAAAAGCCUCCCUGUCAGCCUCUUAAAAGAGAAUCCUGUCUUUUAAAAGGUAACCAAAACGUUUGUUGACGUGAUUAAACUUGCUUUUAACAAAUGUUCUUUAAAAAAGGAAAUGAACUAGACAGAGGAGAAGUGCAUGCACCCUUUAAGCCCUCUUCCUGUCAGCGGAGCCUGCAGGCCUGAGUUGUUUCUUGAGCCUUGAUACCUUAUGUAGGAUGAGCAAAACUGCUCUUGGUGUUGUCAAGAUGCAAAGCAGAGAGCAGGAGAGACUAGAGAGUCAAAACCAAGAGGGAGGCGUGCACACCUGCGUACAGGAAGUGUGCGGAAUGUUUAUCAGAUUCACUCAACAAUCACAGAAGCACAGUUUAUAGAUUUUCAACAGGAAAAUAAAUGUCUCUGGUGGCUCUGAUGUUUGAAA